AUGUCGGUAAAGCCAGAUAUAGCCCCCGAUACCCGGACUGUUGCCCCCGGCAACUCAAGAAGGACUCCUGCUGAGCCUUACGCCGAUGCCUCAGACGACGAGGAGUUUUGUGAGAUGGUGGCGCUGUCACCGACAGGCCGAUGCGCCACCAUGUGUAUUUUCGGGUGCAUAUCUAUCAUGGGCUGCCGUUCCUCCGUUGUGCGUCGUUUGUCUUUCUAUCCCCCCUUCCCCGCUGGCUAUUCAUUGCAGGGGGACCAGUUGUACAUCCAGGAAGUGUUUAAUGCGGCAACAGCAGGCCGUGGGUUCCGUGGUACUGCUCCAGCAGAGCAGCAGCAGCAGCGGCCGCCUCCCCGCGAGGGGCAAGAGAGCAUACAGCAGCUGCUGGAACACAACCGGCUGCCUGAGAGGGUUCAGGUCUGCCACAUCCGGCGCGGGAAGAAGCAUCAGCUUGCUGCGGUGCUGCUGUGGUCGACUGCUGGAGUGCCGCCAGAAUAUGCGCAAGAAAGCAAGGCAAAGGAAUAUGCGCUCACGAAUCGUUUCUUGAUCGUUUUUUCACAUGGUAACAGUACCGAUAUAGGACACAUGUUUGGCCUGCACUACAGGAUGUGCUUCAGAUGCCAGGUAAAUGUACUGGCUUACGACUACUCGGGCUACGGGUGGAGCGACGGCAAAGCGACUGAAGCUGCUCUCUACAAAGACAUAAAGGCAGUCUACUCGUUUGCUGUUAAGGAACUAAAUGUGCCGCCGAAGAAUAUCAUUCUUUAUGGGCACAGCGUUGGCUCUGGGCCGUGUUGCGACUUCGUGGCGAAGAGAAAGCAGAAGGGGCUGGGGGGAGUUAUUCUUCACUCGUCAAUAGCUUCAGGUCUGCGUCUCUUCAUUCACAACAUCGAGAAGGCCCCUUGGUUCGACGCAUUCCAAAAUGCAGAGAAACUGAAGAAGGUUUACGACGUGCCCAUGCUGCUCAUUCAUGGUCGAUUAGACAGACAGGUGCCGUUCUCUCAUUCUUUGAAGCUAGAAGCAGCCUGCCGCGAGGCGGACGCGCGCUACGCCAACCUGCAGGAGAGUCCCCCCCACCGCUGCUUACUGAGAGCGCCCCUGCUUUCUUCCAAAGCAGAUGGUUCCCCCAAGGGACCCCCAAAGAGAGACAAAGAGAUGCAGAAAAACCGCGUGCAGACAUGGUGGAUACCUAACGCGGACCACAACGACGUUGAACACAGAACAGGGGACGAGUACUACCAGCGUAUUUCUGCCUUUCUCAAGUUCUGCUCUAAGUGGAAUGAGCAGGAGCCAGCAACACCGCCAAACGCUUAG